AACAAAUAUUCUAUUUUGCUAUUGAAACACCUUGGGCAGUGCUUUUUGUUUUCAGAGAGGACUCAUAAAUAAGCCGGCUGUAGAGGACUCUGGAGACAGUGUUAAGGAGGAGACACCAUAAGCCCUGUCCUCCCGUCCUUUCUUACCACACCAUGUGGAAGAGCAGAUGGGCUCAGCUGUGCCUUUUUUCGGUUCUUCUUGCCUUCCUGCCUUCUGCUUCUUCACUCAAUGGAGACUCGAAGUAUAUGGUGCUGGUCCCUUCUCAGCUCUACACUGAGACCCCUGAGAAAAUCUGCCUCCAUCUAUACCAUCUGAAUGAGACAGUGACUGUCACAGCUUCCUUGGUAUCUCAAUCAGGAAGGAAAAACCUGUUCGAUGAGCUGGUGAUUGAGAAGGACUUGUUCCAAUGUGUUUCCUUCAUUAUGCCUAGACUCUCCUCUUCUGAAGAGGAGGAUUUUCUCUAUGUGGACAUCAAAGGGCCAACCCAUGAAUUCAGCAAAAGGAAAGCAGUGCUUGUGAAGAACAAAGAAAGUGUUGUCUUUGUCCAGACAGAUAAGCCCGUGUACAAGCCAGGACANUCAGUUAAAUUUCGGGUUGUCUCUAUGGAUAAAACGCUACGUCCCCUGAAUGAGUUGUUUCCUCUGGCUUACAUUGAGGAUCCGAAAAAGAACCGAAUUAUGCAGUGGGAGGAUAUUAAGACUGAGAAUGGGCUUAUGCAAAUGUCCUUCAGCCUGGCAGCAGAGCCCAUUCAGGGCCCCUACAAGAUAGUGAUGCAAAAACAGUCAGGGGCAAAGGAAGAACGCUUNUUUACUGUGAUGGAAUUUGUNCUUCCCAGAUUUGAAGUCGACCUGAAGUUCCCAAAUGCCAUCUCUGUGAAUGAUGAAGUGCUCAGUGUGACUGCAUGUGCAAAAUAUACCUAUGGGAAGCCUGUCCCAGGACAUGUGAAGAUAAGCGUCUGCCAUGAGACUGAGACUAGAUGCAAAGAAGUCAAUUCCCAGCUAGAUAACAAUGGCUGCAGCACACAAGAAGCGAACAUCACUGAGCUCCAAUCAAAUAAAAGACAUCACAGGGUUCAGCUUUUCCAUGUGAAUGCAACUGUUACAGAAGAAGGGACAGGAUUGGAGUUCAGUGGAUAUGGAACAACUAAAAUUGAAAGAAUCACAAGCAAGCUCAUAUUUCUGAAGGCAGAUUCACAUUUCAGACACGGGAUUCCAUUCUUUGUGAAAGUCCGCCUAGUGGAUAUCAAGGGAGACCCUAUCCCAAAUGCACAAGUCUUCAUCAAAACACAAGAAGUUGGCUAUACCUGUGCUACUACCACUGAUCAGCAUGGCCUGGCAAAGUUCUCCAUAGACACUGNUGGCUUCUCAGGCUCUUCCCUCCAUAUCAAAGUAAGUCAGAAACUUGACACAGAGACCAGCAGCAUCUUGCCCUGCAACCAGAUUCACACAGUUCAGGCACAUUUUAUUCUGAAGGGGGACUUGGGAGUGCUGAAAGAGCUCGUUUUCUACUACCUGGUCAUGGCCCAGGGCAGCAUCAUCCAGACUGGAAACCACACUCACCAGGUGGAGCCAGGAGAAGCUCCAGUAAAAGGCAACUUUGCCUUGGAGAUCCCUGUGGACUUCAGCAUGGUCCCCAUGGCUAAAAUGCUCAUCUACACCAUCUUGCCUGAUGGAGAAGUGAUUGCAGAUUCUGUAAACUUUGAAGUUGAAAAGUGUCUUCNCUCGCAGGUGGACCUGAGCUUCAGCUCAUCUCAAAGUCUUCCCUCCUCACAAACCCGUCUGCGGGUCACCGCUUCUCCUCAGUCCCUCUGUGGCCUGAGAGCUGUGGACCAGAGUGUGCUGCUCCUGAAGCCCGAGGCUGAGCUCUCCCCUUCCUGGAUAUACAGUCUGCCAGGUAUGCAGCUCAACAAAUUCAUUCCAAGUUCCCACCUGUCUGAAGACCAAGAAGACUGUAUAANGUCCAGAUCAUGGGUGGUUGAGAAGCACACAUANUCGGUACCACAUGGAAGAGAGAAGGAUGUCUACAGAUAUGUGGAGGACAUGGGUUUAAAGGCAUUNACCAACUUGAAGAUCAAACGUCCUACAAUUUGUUUUGAUGAUGACAUGGUUCAAAUAUCAGCGCCUCCUGUGGAAUCUGAUCUUGCAUUUAGACCUGAAUUUGCUUUGAGUUUACGCACGACAUUGAGUAAAAGACCUGAAGAGCCACCACGUAAAGAUCCACCAUCUAAUGAUCCACUUACCGAGACCAUUCGAAAAUAUUUUCCUGAAACCUGGGUCUGGGAUAUAGUCACAGUAAACUCCACAGGAGUGGCUGAAGUGGAAAUGACUGUCCCUGACACCAUCACUGAAUGGAAGGCUGGAGCCCUCUGCUUGUCCAACGACACUGGCCUUGGCCUCUCUUCUGUGGUAUCUCUCCAAGCCUUCCAGCCCUUCUUUGUGGAAGUCUCAUUGCCCUACUCUGUGGUCCGUGGAGAAGCCUUCAUGCUCAAAGCCACUGUGAUGAACUACCUCCCUACAAGCAUGCGGAUGAGUGUGCAGCUGGAAGCCUCUCCUGAUUUCACAGCUGUCCCAGUGGGAGACGACCAAGAUUCUUACUGCCUCAGUGCCAGUGGGAGGCACACCUCAUCCUGGCUGGUAACUCCCAAGACUUUAGGGAAUGUGAAUUUCUCUGUGUCUGCUGAAGCACAACAGUCCCCAGANCCCUGUGGUUCUGAGGUGGCUACAGUUCCUGAAACUGGGAGAAAGGACACAGUAGUCAAAGUCUUGAUAGUUGAGCCUGAAGGAAUCAAGAAAGAGCAUACCUUCAGCUCACUGUUCUGCACAUCAGAUGCUGAGAUAUCUGAAAAAAUGUCCCUGGUCCUCCCACCAACAGUAGUGAAAGAUUCAGCAAGAGCCCAUUUCUCUGUGAUGGGUGAUAUCUUGAGUUCAGCCAUAAGAAACACACAAAANCUUCUCCACAUGCCCUAUGGCUGUGGGGAGCAGAACAUGGUCCUGUUUGCUCCCAACAUCUACGUACUGAAAUAUCUGAAUGAAACCCAACAGCUGACCCAGACGAUCAAGACUAAAGCCCUUGGCUUCCUCAGAGCUGGUUACCAGAGAGAGCUGAACUACAAACACAAGGAUGGCUCCUACAGUGCCUUCGGGGAUCAAAAUGGCGAGAGAGAAGGAAACACUUGGCUCACAGCCUUUGUGCUCAAGUCUUUUGCCCAAGCUCGAGCCUUCAUCUUCAUUGAUGANUCACACAUCACCCACGCCCUCACCUGGCUCUCCCAACAGCAGAAGGACAAUGGCUGCUUCCGGAGCUCUGGAUCAUUGUUCAACAAUGCUAUGAAGGGGGGAGUAGAUGAUGAAAUNACCCUCUCUGCCUACAUAACNAUGGCCCUUCUGGAAAGUUCACUCCCAGCUACGCAUCCUGUUGUCUCCAAAGCCCUGAGCUGCCUGGACUCUUCCUGGAAGACCAUAGAACAAGGACGAAAUGCCAGCUUUGUGUACACCAAGGCAUUGAUGGCCUAUGCUUUCGCUCUGGCGGGGAACCAGGAUAAGAGAGAUGAAAUCCUGAAGUCACUUGAUGAGGAAGCUAUAAAAGAAGACAACUCCAUCCACUGGAAAAGACCUCAGAAACCCAGGAAAUCCGAACACCAUUUGUACAAACCCCAGGCUUCCUCUGCUGAAGUAGAGAUGAAUGCCUAUGUGGUCCUGGCUCGCCUCACUGCUCAGCCAGCCCCAUCUCCUGAGGAUCUCACUUUGUCAAUGAGCACCAUCAUGUGGCUCACAAAGCAGCAGAAUUCUAAUGGUGGCUUCUCCUCCACACAGGACACUGUGGUGGCCCUCGANGCUCUGUCCAAAUAUGGAGCAGUGACUUUUUCCAGAAGCCAGAAAACUACUCUGGUGACCAUCCAAUCUACAGGGUCAUUUUCCCAAAAGUUCCAAGUGGGGAACACUAAUCGCCUGUUACUACAGCAGGUCCCAUUACCAGACAUUCCUGGGAACUAUACCAUCAGUGUGUCAGGGGAAGGAUGUGUGUAUGCUCAGACUAUGCUGAGAUACAAUAUAUACUUGGAGAAGCAGCUGUCUGCAUUUGCUCUACGGGUACAGACAGUACCUCUAACUUGUAACAACCCCAAAGGCCACAACAGCUUCCAGAUCUCACUAGAAAUCAGUUACACAGGCAGCCGGCCAGCCUCCAACAUGGUGAUUGCUGAUGUGAAGAUGCUAUCUGGUUUCAUCCCAUUGAAACCAACAGUGAAAAAGCUUGAAAGAUUAGAGCACGUGAGCAGAACAGAAGUGAGCAACAACAAUGUCUUAUUAUAUUUGGAUCAGGUGACCAAUCAGACACUAGCCUUCUCCUUCNUCAUUCAACAAGACAUCCCAGUAACGAACCUGCAGCCUGCCAUUGUGAAAGUCUAUGACUACUAUGAGACAGGUGAGCAAGAGAUGGUGAUGGACCCUUGUGGUAUUGAUUUAUUUACAGUUCCUCACUAUGUAGACCAGGAUGGCACAAAAUCUCAGACCUCUUGAUUCAGAGUCCCAAAUGCUGACAUUUCAGGAAUAUGGCAUCAUACCCACUGUUAAAAGCAAUUUUUUUUAACCACUGACCCA